AUGUGCUCCAGGUCUUCCCAGGUUUAUGUGCGGAACAUCUUCUGCGUCCAGCGGAGUUCAACCUCAAACCACAGAAGUGUCAAGAGGAGCAGGAUUCGGCUGGGCGUUUCUGGAGAGAAAACACAGAAGCUCAAGAGAAAGAAGUGUCUGAAUUUCGUGGAAGAACAUGAGUGUUGGCAAAGCUUUACCAGGAAGCCAUAUCUCAUCACUCACCAAAGGACACACACAGGCGAGAGGCCUUUUGUUUGCAGUGAGUGUGGGCAAAGUUUUACCAGGAAGUCCUAUCUUGUCAGUCACCAGAUGAUACACUCAGGGGAGAAGCCUUAUGUUUGCAAGGAGUGUGGGCAUAGCUUUAUUCAGAAGUCAAAUCUCGUCACACAUCAGAGGACACACUUAGGGGAGAAGCCUUACAUUUGCAAGGAGUGUGGACAGACUUUUAGCCAAAGGUCAACUCUCAUCACACAUCAUAAGACUCACUCAUGGGAAAAGCCUUAUGUUUGCAAAGAGUGUGGGCAGGCCUUUAAGGUGAAGCCAUCUCUCAUCACCCACCAGAGAACACACUCGGGGGAAAAGCCUUAUGUUUGCAAGGAUUGUGGGCAAGCCUUUACUCAGAAGUCAACCCUCGUCAUACACCAGAGGACACACUCAGGCGAGAAGCCUUAUGUUUGCAAAGAGUGUGGGCAUACCUUUAUUCAGAAGUCAAAUCUCAUCUCACACCAGAGGACACACUCAGGUGAGAAGCCUUAUGUUUGCAAGGAGUGUGGGCAAAGCUUUUCCAGGAGUUCACAUCUCAUUGGUCACCAGAGGGUACACUCGGGGGAGAAGCCUUAUGUGUGCAAGGAGUGUGGGCAAGCAUUUAGCCACAGGUCAACUCUCAUCACACAUCAGAGAAGACAUUCAGGGGAGAAGCCCUUCGUUUGCAAGGAGUGUGGGCAAGCCUUUUCCCGGAAGGCACAUCUCAUCGCACACCAGAGGAUACACUCAGGGGAGAAGCCUUACGUUUGCAAGGAGUGUGGGCGAGGCUUUUCCCAGAAGUCAGCUCUCAUCAUACAUCUUAGGAGGCACACAGGGGAGAAACCUUAUGCUUGCAAAGAGUGUGGACAAAGCUUUAUCACAAAGUCACAUCUCGUCGCACACCAGAGGAUACAUUAA